AUGCGUUUCUCUUCCGCCGUCAUCGUCGCUGCCAUCGUCGGCUUCGCGUCUGCCCAGACCAACGGAACCACCACCCUCUCGGCCGCUCCCUCGGUCAUCGUCGUCCCGUCGGGCUCUCCCCUCCCCACGAGCGUCAUCGUCGGCAACGGUACCGCUAACGCCACUGCCACCUUGUCGACCUCCCCGACUCCCACCGACACCGAGAGCGAGAGCACCACCCGCCGGCCCUCUGCCACCAGUGGAGGAGCCAGCGGAUCCAGCAGUGCCCCGUCGGCCAGCAGCACCUCUGGUGCCGGCAUCAUGUACACCGCCAACUCGAUCGGUGCCUUCGUCAUCGCUGUCGGAGUCAUGGCCGCCGGCCAGAUGAUCUAA